AUGGGGAAGCGCAAACGCGCCGUUUCUGAUGUUGCCUGCUUCAUUGAAGACAUUUUCUCUCACAGGCGCCUCGAUGAGCCUAGUGCGGGGGGUGCGUCCUUGACGCGCCUUCGCGAAGCAGCGGAGACAAAACGGGGCAACAGUAGCCAAUACAGCUACAGCCGUAGCCGUAGCCGUAGCUGCAGCGAGAGCAGGAAUUGGAGUUUGACAAACACCGGCAGUUCUGCCUCGCGAGUGUUGAAGACACCAAGUGGAAGCAUCAAUCCGUCAGAUUCCCAAAGAAGCACGGAAAGCGCAUUUGCAACAGAAAUGAGUUUUUUCUGCCGAGCGGAGGAGGACCUUGCAGACAUGUCUCUCUACCUAGCACGGGUCACGUCGUUUGCACGGACUCCGGAAGCUUUAGUCGCACUCGUCGAACACUUCUCAAAGCAUGGCGCCGAACUUGUCAUGUUAUCGCUGAAGCGUUCAGGGACGCAGGCAAAACUGUUUGGACUGCUCUGCAGCGUCUCCAUCUCUGGACUCACAGAGGAGUAUCAGCAGCUUUUCCUGCGGUUUCUUGCCCUUCUUGUGAAAUUAAGCGACGUGGAGGUGCUUUACGAGGAGGAACUUGUCAGCUUUCUCCUUCAGUGUUGUCAACGACGCUCAUCUGCGGUCACUAACUCACCUGUACAGAGUACGAAGCCCUUACACUGGUCGCACCGAGCUCGGCCAACCGCAGUCAUGCCGGCACGUUCAUCGAGCCUAGCGGAGCUCAAAACAAGCGUGAAUGAGCUUUGUAAGGCAGAGGAGGAUACUACUUCCACUGCUUUGGCUCUUCAUGUGUUGCUGGAGAUUGUAUUUAGGCAAAAUAAGGGUGUUUCCUACCCUUCCGCCCCCAGUGCCUGCCUCCUCUUUGGGGAUCUAGGGGGUUUUAAGACGGUUUGUGCCCUGCUUGAGACAGAGGAGGGUGCGGACGCACUUCACUUGAUGGAGGCAGUGACGCUCUGCGAGGGAUUACGUGGGGCCUACGCUUCCGAGCUGAGGAUAGCGGCUGCCGCGUUGGUGCGUUUCACCACUGAAACUAAGACGCGAGGUGAUAGGGGCACGGCACGCUGGGAGGAGAAAAACGCUGCCCUGCGUGUGUUGACUAAUGUGACGGGUUUGGUGCCCUCUGUGCUGAGCGGGUCCCCGCAGCAGAACCGCGCCCUGGCGUUUGUGGCUGCGAACACCUUGACGGACGCCGAGGCGAUGCCGGACACACUCACAUUUACGCUCUGCCUCACCACGAACAUUGUCAAGUGGGAGGCACGUGAGAACGGUGACGAGUUCACCAGUUUUCUUGUCGAGGAUGCCGCGUUUUUGACGCACAUUGCAGCUCUGACAUUUCGUGCGUAUCAUGCCGAGGGUACGGAGAAACACGUCCUGGCUGGCUACUACGCUCUGCUGCUUGCCGUCCUCUCCCUCUGCGAUUCGCCCAAGCUGCAGCUACGUGUUCCUGUUAUGACGGCUGUUGCCCACGCGACACGAGGGACGGCGGCACUGAAGAAGGUGGAGGCGAAGCCCAUGACGCUUAUUGUCGCCAUCUUGCAGGAGUUUCUCCUGUUCCAGAGCCUAGCAGGGUCGCUGACGAGGGACAGUCUCCUCUCGAUGAGUGACAUCAUCGACAGUGUAGUUAGCUGUAAUGGCAUAGAGGUCUCAUCGGAUGAAUGA